AUGUCGCGCUCCUUCUAUGUCGACUCGCUCAUCAUCAAGGACUCCUCACGGCCCGCGCCCUCGCUUCCUGAGCCGCACCCCGGGCCGGAUUUCUUCAUCCCGCUGGGCAUGCCAUCCCCGUUGGUGAUGUCCGUGUCCGGGACGGGCUGCCCGUCCCGCAAGAGCGGCGCGUUCUGCGUUUGCCCGCUCUGCGUCACUUCGCACCUGCACUCCCCUCGGGGGCCCGCGAGCUCCAGCGGCGGGAGCGCAGGGGCCGGGAGUGCCGGGGCCGGGGGUGGCGGGGCGGCGGCAGCCGCCGGGGCGUUGCCCCUGCUCAAGAGUCAGUUCUCUUCGGGUCCUGGGGACGCACAAUUUUGCCCGCGUGUGAGCCACGCGCACCAUCACCACCACCCUCCGCAGCACCACCAUCACCACCACCAGCCCCAGCAGCCCGGCUCGGCUGCAGCGGCGGCGGCUGCGGCUGCAGCGGCGGCGGCCGCGGCGGCCUUGGGGCACCCGCAGCACCACGCACCUGUCUGCACCGCCACCACCUACAACGUGGCGGACCCGCGGAGAUUCCACUGCCUCACCAUGGGGGGUUCGGACGCCAGCCAGGUACCCAAUGGCAAGAGGAUGAGGACGGCGUUCACUAGCACGCAGCUCCUGGAGCUGGAGCGGGAAUUCUCUUCCAAUAUGUACUUGUCUCGACUCCGGAGGAUCGAGAUCGCCACGUACCUGAACCUGUCAGAGAAGCAGGUGAAAAUCUGGUUUCAGAACCGCAGGGUGAAGCACAAGAAGGAAGGGAAGGGCACGCAGAGGAACAGUCACACGGGCUGCAAGUGCGUCGGCAGCCAGGCGCACUACGCGCGCUCAGAGGACGAGGAGUCCUUGUCGCCGGUCUCGGCCAACGAUGACAAGGAGAUUUCCCCAUUAUGA